AUGGAUGACUGUUUUGAAUGCCCUGGAGACCAGUAUUCAAACAUUUACCAGAAUGGAUGCCUUCCGAAACAAAUAACCUUCUUGUCUUAUGAAGAAGCUCUGGGGAGCAGUUUGACUACUCUUGAUCUCACCUUUUCUUUCAUCACAGCUUUGGUGCUUCAAAUCUUCAUUAAGUACAGGGAUACUCCCAUAGUCAAGGCCAACAACAGAAACCUCACCUAUGCUCUCCUCAUCUCCCUCUUGCUCGCUUUCUCUUCUGCUUUGUUGUUCAUUGGCCAGCCUGUACAGCUAACGUGCCUCCUUCAACAAACUGCUUUUGCCAUGAUCUUCUCAGUGGCAGUUUCUUGCAUAUUGGCCAAAACCACCAUUGUGGUUGUAGCAUUCACGGCCAGCAAGCCAGGGUCUAGGAUGAGGAAAUGGGUAGGCAAUAGACUAUCUAGCUGCAUUGUCUUUUGCUGCUCCCUUAUUCAGGCUGGUAUUUGUGUGAUUUGGCUGAUAACUUCUCCCCCAUUCCCAGAUUUUGACAUGCACUCAAUGACUGAAGAAAUUGUACUAAAAUGUAACGAAGCUUCAACUAUAAUGUUUUGCUGUGCCCUGGGAUUCAUGGGUUUCCUGGCCAUUGUCAGCUUCACUGUGGCUUUUCUGGCUAGGAAGUUACCCGACAGUUUUAAUGAAGCCAAGUUCAUCACCUUCAGCAUGUUGGUCUUCUGCAGUGUUUGGUUGUCCUUUAUUCCAACCUACCUGAGUACCAAGGGGAAAUAUAUGGUGGCAGUGGAGGUCUUCUCCAUCUUGUCCUCUAGUUUUGGAUUACUGGGCUGUAUCUUUUUCCCUAAAUGCUUUGUUAUUUUGCUGAGGCCAGAGUUGAACAGCAAAGAGAAACUGAUAAGAAGAAAGAAUUGA